CCUCGCUCAUGGCCACACACAGCUGAUGAUGGGAAGGAAGCGCAUUUGAACGCGCUGGUCUUUAGUGUGAGAUAAAGAAGGACAAACCCAAAUCUCAGAUGUCGAAUCCUCCAUAACACACCCGAGUCCAGUAAUCUUUCCGUGGACCUCAACAGCUGCUGAACUAUCUGUCUAUCAUGCAUCCGUUUGGCCGUGAAGAAGAGACCUCCAGGCGGGAGCUGUUCGGUUUCUUCACGCGGUGUUUGCGGCGCGGAGAGUGGGAGCUCGCGGCAGCCUGCGUGCGUCAGCUCGGCGACGAGCGCGGAGAUGAUCCUCAAAGCCCGCAGGACAUCGUCAAAGCCAUCGUUACUCACCCAUAUCUGCUUAGGUGGGAAACAGUAGGCAGCCCCCACAAAUUGGCCUGGUAUUGGCUUCAAGUCCUGGAGAAACGGACUAAAAUAAAGGUGGAUGGGUCUGUGAAGACAGAACUGGAGUUCCUGUUGCUCUUAGAGGAACUUGAAGAUGUCCCACAGUCUGUACUUAAGGAGCUGCAUGAAGCCUUCCUGUACUCUGAGGAAGUAAAAGGAAAGAUUCCAGGUCAUUCUACUCCUCCACUGAGUGCUGCUGUCCUAUCCUGCUUCCGAUCUCUUUUAACCCGCCAGCAGCCGCGGCUCUGCCACUCUCUCAUCAGCUUCCUUCAGCACGCGGACCUCUCCAGAGACCAUGCCUUACAGGACGUCUUCAUCCAGCACCUCACCAUGAAAGUGAAUGUGCCUGUGGAAGAGAGGAACGAGAAAUGGGUGGAGCAGGUAUGUGCAGUGCUGGCCUUAGCACCAUGGGGGUCCGAAAGGUCAGGUGCUGAGCUAGAGACCCUGUGGAAGGGAUUGUGGUCGGCCAGAGAAGGGCUCCUGACGGAGGAGAGGAUUCUGGGAUGUCUACUGAGGCCACAGGGCCAAGCUCUGUUGACUGCAUAUAGCUCCACAGCACUCAGAUUGCUCAAAGAGAAACUCCUGGGAGAGGCUCCACACACACAGGUUGACUUGCCUGAUCUGGAAAGGGUCAUGCUUGGCCUGUGCUGUCAUGGUGACAAGCGUUUGGUGUGGAAAGCCAUUUACUUUGAGUGUUUGAGCAGUGGAAAACACUUUCUAGAGCAGGUCUUGCUUACUGGUUUAGAUCUCAUAAAAAGGGAGGAAUUCUCCAAACUGGAAACGCUGUUGCAGACUGAGUUUCAGCCUUUGUCCCGUCUCUUGUUGUUGCUGGGCUGGAUGCAUUGUCAAAGCAUGGAUUCUGCCAAGAACCUUCUUAGAGUCCUGCAUCACCAACAGCCCCAGACCACUGAUUCAGUAUUGAGUGAGUUAGCCUGCACUCUGUCAUCUCAACUUGCUGUACUGGAAUGGUGUGAUCAGAACAAUCCAGGAAUAUCCCAUGAAUCCUUGCUGAGUCACUUACACAUGCUGGACCAUCACUCUGCCCUGUAUGUUCUGCACUGCCUGACACCCCUUGCCAAGUAUGAGGAGCACAAGGUGCUUGAACUACUGCAAAGAACAGGAGAUCCUUCAGUAGUGGACUCACCCAACUGCUCUGUCCAGCGAAACAUCACUCUGUUUCAAGGCUUCUGUGCCAUGAAGUAUGCCUUGUAUGCCAUCUGUGUGAAUGCACACAUGCAUACCGGCUGCCUGGACUGUGUGCCUCGGCAUCAGCAGCACACAGAGGUGGGGCAGGUGGAGGAGCCAGAUGGAGGAUGCUCUGAUUUGUUACAACACUACCUAUCAGAAUGUCAGCUGUACCUAGAAGCUGUUCCGGCAUUGUUCCGUUUGGAGCUCUUGGAGAACAUUUUCUCCCUCCUCUUCUUGUCUGACACUGACUUCAGCCCACAAGCAGAUCUGGUGAGCACCGGCCCAGAAGCCCAACCAGACACAGAGAGAAUAAAAUCAGACAAUACCAAAGGUGUGAGUAUGGCUGAGAGCAUCUUAAAAGUAAAAAAUGUUGAAAAGAUGGAGGGAUUGAAGGAAGAGGUCCGGGAUGGACAGUCUGAUCAUAUAAACCCUGAACUGGGCCACCUGACAUCAGGGUGUCGGGGGUUUCUGGUGGAUUUGAGUGUGAUGGAGCGGAUUCUACGGCUGGUGAGGGAGGGCUUGGAGGGUGUGUGUGGGGUCGGGCAGGAGGAUGGCAGGGCGCUUGCGGCCGAUGUGGAGUUGGCAGAGAGUCUGGGAUGUUCUGUUACUGCGGAAACAUUCAGCGCCCGGUUACAGAGAUUGUCUAAAUACACAGCAGAGGCCCAAUGGAGACUGCAGAUUGUUACUAGUAACCAUGGCAAAGGGAAUGAUGGCUUGUACCUCCCAUCUCCACUCCCCAGUCCGGCACUUCCUCUGAAACGCGAGGGCAGUGGCAGCAGCAGUUCAGGUGUACGGAGGAGGAGAAAAAACCACCGGCAUCGCUCUGAACGUCCCGUCUCAUCUGAACGACAGAACGGGGAGGCCAGCGCCUCAGACGGUGGUGUGUGUGUUGGAUCCGCUUGCGGUGGAUGUGAAGCUUGUCCGUGUGGUGGACCUCACAGCUGGCUGGUUCCUGCGAUGCUCUCCCCUCCUGAGUCUCUCCUCAUCGCAUGCAUACGCAGAGGCAACAACAUAGAGGCCCAGCAGGUGAUUGUGAUGUAUGGUUUGGAGAACUCUGAGUGUGCUGGUGAACUGGUCUUUAUGGACCGGUACCGGGAGGUUCUGAACGAGCUGGCUCAGGUGGAACAGAAGAUAGAGAGCCAAUCCCUUUCUUCAUCAUCCUCAUCUUCAGAGGGUAUAAGCACAGUGGUUGUUGCUCCAGUGGGCAGGACCAGAAUGGGCAGCAGCAGCAGAUUCACACUUAAGUCUAUUGGGAGCGCAGCAGCUGCUGGCAUGGCUUUUUAUUCCAUUUCUGAUGUGGCUGAACGUUUACUUAGUACCCCGAGCCGGCCGAUACCCUGUCUAGAGGACAGCUACUGGUUGUCCCAGUGCUCUAUAGACACCCCUGACCUCGUACAACUCCUGGUUGAAGAGUUGAGCCCUGCAGCUAUGGCGGCCUUUGACCUCGCCUGCUGUCAGUGCCAACUGUGGAAAACUUCACGGCAGCUUCUUGAGGCUGCAGAGAGAAGACUCAACAUCUUUCUGGAGACUAGAGGUGUACGAGUAGAUGCAAAGGUUCCUCACGCCAACGGAAUUAGAGGCUUCCUUUCAGUACUGCAACAAAUCAGCAAGGUCCUUAACAGAACCUCCGUCAGCAAAGGCACAAGUAAAACAAAUUGUAAUGGAGAGGAGAAUGCUGUUUACUGCCCCUUUGGCUGUAGUGCCCAGGAAGUGCUGCUGUCUUGUCAUUUAACAUUAACGGAAGAGAGUAUCGCCUCUCAUCUAAACCUGAAUCAGCGCUUAGAGGUCACGCUUCAAACCCUGACCUCUGCCACCAACACCUCAGUAGACGCUCUGGCGGGGAGCUCUCUCCUGACAGCGCUGGCCGAACAGGCUGGUCUCAAGCAGUCUGAACUGGAUUCCCACCCGGUACGAACUGCUAUGAAACAACUCCUGCAAUAUCUGGACCAGCUCUGCCCGUUUGAGCCUGACAGCGCCCCUGGCAGACCAGAUUACAUGCGCAACUUCCUUGAUUACGUCAACCUGUUGGCUUCAGUACUGGUGCGCAGUUUAUGGUCCGAGGAUCAAUCCAUGGAGGUGAAAUUGGGCAAUCCUCUUUUACUAUUGCUUCAGUCACCUACCCAGCUCCUCUCUCUCCUUCUGUUUGACAGACAGGUGUCACCUGACAGGCUUCUUUCUCUCUUGCAGCAGGAGCAGUUGCAUUUGAGUGUGCAACAGGUUAUAGUUCAGCGCUGCUGUGAAUCUCUCCCUCUCUGGGAUUCUAGGGCUAUGACCUUUUCUCAGGGGCAACCGAAGAUUGCAGGGUUCAACGGUGGGGCGUUCUGCCCAGCCAGCAUUGCCUCAAUCUUCCAGCAGCACGCUCAGGAGUGCGCCCCUUCCCUUGACCUCUCUGACCUUGCCACAUCCUCUGACCCUAGUUCUGAGUCUGAGAUCUCACUGGAGGACACAUCUGCUACAUCCUUAAUCCUCUCCACCUCUCCGCCCUCACCAUCGUCAAGUCCUUCUUCUUCUUUUCUCCUCACUCCAUCUGCGCUGUCUUUUCUGAAGUCCCGUUCCCCCCUUGUUGCUGCGCUGGCCUGCCUCAGCGCCAGUCGGGGUGGCGUGAUCCGGGCAACUUCUUCUGGCUGGUCAGGCUUGCCUUCAUAUUUUCGUGGAUCUGGGCGUAAAGAAGCAGUUUUGGAUGGAGAGCAGAUCUCAAGAGAAGGGGAAGCCCUGCUUAAAAACUUCCCUAUCCUGAGAAUGUACCUCCGGUCCAUGGCUGAGCCUGUUCUGGGGGUCUCGUUGGAAGCAGAAGAGGGUCUUGGGCUAGCUCUCUGUGGGAAGCCCGUGGUGGGAAUGCUGUUUUCUGGCCUGCAGGGCAAUGUAGCGCAAGCAAUGGCUGCUGAAGCAUUCCAGCAAUCCCUAAAUGUUGGCGAUCUGAACAGAGCCCUGGAGCUCCUAGAGCUUUAUGCACAACCCUGCAGCCAGGAGGGGGCCCUCCGGGACAAACUACUGGCAUGCACUGCUCUGCAAGAAAACAGCGGUGUGGAGCAGUUGUUUCGUGUAAGGGACUGGGAGCUGCGUGGACGUGUGGUUCUGCAGGGUUUGGACCGAUGGCCUUUACAACACUGUUUAGAGUUGCUGCAAUUCUGUCUCAGUGACCAGGACACCCAGGAUCCUCUCCGAGAGCAGCUUCAGCAGAGGAAGCAGGAGCUGGACAUGUACCAGCGGAUGCUGAGUUUGGAGCUACCGUUGCAAUGUGAGACGUGGCAGGAGUUGAGGGAGAAGUCUACAAACAAUCCUGAAUCUGUCUUCAGUUUAAUGCUGGAGGCCAGGGAGUUUGAGUUGUGUGGCCAGUGGGUGCUGCUGUAUUCAGUUUCUGAUCAGUCUCGAAUGCAGCUACAGACCGAACACCUGCUAUUCCUCCUAGAACAGAAUUACACAGAAGAUGCUUUUCAGCUUUUGGAAGCUCUUUCUGAUUCGAUGGGUUUGGAAGUCAGUGAGCGAGCCCUCGAUCGAAGACCUGGAUUGGCUGCCUGUCAUUUCCUGUCAGAUUACCUCACCCUACACUUCCAGAGUCAGAUGACCCUUGCUCGUAGACGCCACAUCCAUGCCCUGCACCUUGGCUCAAAGGUUCUGCUGACUCUGCCGCAAGCAUCUCGUCAGGAUUAUUUUUCCCUGCUGUCUGAUCCGCUUCUCAUGCUGGAGCAGCUACUGAUGAAUCUGAAGGUAGACUGGGCCACCAUUGCCAUCAGCACUCUACGGAGCCUUCUUCCGGCUCAGGACGCUGGCAUCACAAACGAACACAUUGACACCCUACUGGCAGAUUAUGCCAGGAAGGCUCUUGAUUUUCCUUAUGCACCCAGAGAGUGGUCGCGUUCUGACUCUGUCAUUAGUCUACAGGAUGCAUUUCUGCAGUGCCCAGCCCAGGAGAGCUGCCCAUCUUCUCCAAGCCACACCCCUCCUUCAUCAACAGGCAGCACACCCAUACACACACCGUCCAGUGAGAGGCGUCCCAGUGAGAAGAGGAUCCGGCAGCUGACCACACCUUUCACCCCUCCGGAGAAAACGCCUGACCGCAAGGACUGGAUCCCAGACCACAAACAGCACAUCUGUAUGGUCUGCCAGAGGGAGAGAUUCACCAUGUUUAACAGACGGCACCACUGCAGACGCUGUGGCAGGCUGGUGUGUCAUUCCUGCUCCAGCAGGAAGAUGGCUAUAGAGGGCUCUGAAGAGCCCGUCAGAGUCUGCGACCAAUGCUACAACUUCUUCCACGCGGACUCAGAUGAGGAGCUUGAUCAGGGCGAAGCUGGCAGCCCUGCAUCCAUUGACGGAGUCCUGAAUGGGGUUCUCAGUCUGCCCGAGGUUCCACGAAAGCAGUAUCACCUGAGUCCAAACCCAGCAGAGAACCAGCAGCUGAAGAGCGAGUUCUACUAUGAACAGGCACCCAGCGCAUCCCUGUGUGUCGCUAUACUGACGUUACACAGUGAUCACGCAGCCUGCGGGAAGCAGCUUAUUAGCCACUGCCGCUUACUGUCCCGUAAACUGACCAAUCCUGAGGUGGAUGCGCGCCUGCUGACGGAUGUGAUGCGCCAGCUGCUGUUUAGUGCCAAACUGAUGUUUGUAAACGCAGGAUGCACCCAAGAGCCGGCACUCUGCGACAGCUACAUCAGUAAGGUGGAUGUGUUGAAAAUCCUCGUCAGUGCAAACUACAAAUACAUUCCAUCUCUGGACGAUAUUCAGGAAACGGCUGCAGUGAUGCGUCUGCGCAACCAGCUUCUAGAGGCCGAGUACUACCAGCUGGCUGUGGAGGUGUCGACUAAGAGUGGACUGGACCCGAACGGAGUUUGGCAGGCGUGGGGUAUGGCGUCUUUGAAGGCUGGAAAUCUGAGCGGGGCCAGAGAGAAGUUUGCCCGUUGUCUCAAACCACCAGUAGAUCGGAACCAGCUCAACAAUGGAGUGAGACUUUUGCAGGAGAUCGUUCAGCACCUGGAGUCCACUGUCAAACCUACUCUAAGCACGGUGGUGGAUGAGGACAUCUUGGCUUCUUUACGCGAAUUGGAAGAGGCUCUCUCUGAUUCUGCUCCUCUAGAUGGCGCAGAGAGCAAAGUACAGCGGUCUGGAUACUAUCAGGAGUGUUUGUUUUACCUGCUCACUUAUGGAACACACUUGAGCCUCAUCAGCUUUUACCUGCGCCACGACUGCCUGAGAGAUGCACUUACCCACAUAAACAACAAGAAGUGUACAGAGGAUGUGUUUCUGGAGGGCAUCUUUCAGCCCUGUCUUGAACGUGGGCGGUUGGGGACUUUGCAGGGUCUAUUAGAAACUCUGGACCCCACACUGGAGACCUGGGGCUGUUACCUGCUUUCAGCCUGUCAGUCGCUGCAGCGCAGGGGGCACUACCACUCUCUGUACCAACUCCAACAGUUCAUGAUGGAUCACGUUCGUGCCGCUAUGACGUGCAUUCGCUUCUUUUCUCACGGUGCUCAGUCCUACCUGCAGCUGGGAGAACAGCAGCGCUGGCUGAUCCGAGCCAAAGAGCACCUGAGAACUUACCUACAGGAACAACAGAGCCGGAGGAAAUCACACAGCUCCUCUUUCAGGAAGAAAAUGAGCUCCACUGAUGUCUCAAGACACGUACACACAAUCGAGCUGCAGUUGGAAGUGACACGCUUCUUACACCGCUGUGAAAGUUCACCAUCCAAGACAGCUGUAGGCCCCGCCCCCACAGGGAACAGUGGCCCACCCACUCUGUUUGGAAACAGCCCCAUGAAGGUGGACGUGGCCUUCAAGUGUUUAACUGUGAUGCUGGGAGGCAAGAACAUUGAGGAAGGUUUUGGCAUCGCAUAUCGAGUAAUACAGGACUUCCAGCUGGAAGCACUGGCAGUGUACAUUAGGGUCGGUCAGCGCCUGGUCCGGCAGCGCCAGUACCCGUCUGUGCGGCAGCUGCUGAAGUGUGUAGGGGAGUCUGGAACGGCCUCUAAACACGACUGUGACGCCAUUGUGCUCAGCUGUGUCUCUGUGGCUGAUAAGAGUCCUGCAGAUGCUAAAGAACUAGAGACCCUGAUUCUGGAGUGUAAGAGUUCAGAAAACAAGAUAAAGGCAUAUCUCCAGUGCAGUAAGCUGCGGGCAGCGUAUCUCCAGGCCGUGAAGCUGGAGCUUGUAAAGGCGACUCCUUUAGUACAGGAUGUGAUGCGGGCCGCUGAAAGCUCAGGUGACUCUGUCAUGCACAACAUCUGCCGCCAAUGGCUUUCGGAGCAUCAGGAACAAUCAUCACGGCAACGACACGGCAACAACUGAUAACCACUACCAAUCCCCAUUGUGAACAAGUUAUCCGGCUUUGCUUUGAUUGGUUAGUGAAAUAAUAAUUUUGCCAGGAAAUGAAACACCACUGUGCCACUUUUGCUGGUCUCUAUUAGAAAGAAAAUCCCAGGUUAUCUUUCACAGGGCCAGAGAUAAACUUUUAGAGAUAAAACGACAUUCACAUCUGUUUACUACUUCAAUAUUUGACUGGGCUUAUUCUCCUACCUCAGGACAAGUUUUUUUCUUUUCUUUCAAGUCAAAAAGACUAAUCACUGUGUGUAAAUAUCAUCCUGAUGGAACAAGGUCAUGUGGUACUGAAAUUACUCUGCAUCUGGCAUGAAAUUAAUUCUUAUUUGAGUUCAUGGCAAGUUUACAAUGGCUUCUCUAUAAAUUUAGGUCUAAAAACAAAAGGCUGUUUAUUCUGGUCCUCACUGAGAGAUUGUCCUCAGAUGUGGUUGAACUACAAAAACACAUUAUUAAAAGGGAAGGUGAUUCACAGACAUUAUGAUGUGUGAGCUCUGUGAACAAACAUAAGCAGUAUCUUUGAUAUUGCAGUUGCAAUGGGAAAAUAAGGGAGUCUGGGUAUAACAUGGCAAUUUGAAAUAUACUGUAUCAGUAAAACAUUGCUUACGUGUUUGUCUAUAAUACAAAUUACCCUACAAUUCACACCCAUAAAUAAUGUGCACUCUUUAUGAAUGUGAGAGAGUGUGUGUAUAUACUGUAUGUUAAUCAGAUUAAACUAUCACUGACCCUCCUGUAAUUUGUUAUAUAAUGUCUAUAAAUGUUAUUAUUAUAAUAUGUUACUCAAGUCUACCCAAAAAUGAAAAACAUCAUCAUUCACUUCAUGUCAUUCCGAACCUAUGACCAUGACUAUAUGUAUUUUGAAGAAAACUAGCAACUAAAAAACACUGGAGCUCAUUGACUUCAAUUUUAUGGACAAAUAAAACACUGACAUUUCUCAAAAUAUCAUAUAUUUUUAUAUUCCACAAAAGAAAGGAUGCGUCAUACAGGUUUGGAAUGAAACGAGGGUGAGUGAAUCAUGACAGAUUUCCUUUUUUGGUGAACUAUCCUUUUAAAGGUACUAUGUCUGUUUUUUUCUUUAGAGAAUAGAAAAAAAAUCGGAGCAAAUUUGGUUUACAGAACCUAUGCGCAUAUUAAAAUGAAUAAAACUGUUACAGAGAUGUUGCCAAAGAGACAGAUGUACUUCUGUCUGAAUCCAAUUAGAGUGACAAAGAAUGUCUCCUGAAGAGGGAUAGUAAUUUAAAAUGAGUUAAUAAAUAUGCAUUUAGUUUUAUAAUAAAAUAAACAAUACUGAAUUUUCUGGUUUCACA